GCAAUAAUACCUAAGCAACAAAAUAUGCGACUAUUAUCACUCUGCCGCUCAAUCCACAUAACCACCAACUUUACUCCCACUCCCUUCUACAUGUCCAUGGCCGCCAACACAGCCACCGGCGACCUCAUCAGCCCGUCCACAACUAAACUGGGUUGGAUCGGCACUGGAGUGAUGGGCAGCUCCAUGUGCUCCCAUUUGCUCAAGGCUGGCUAUGCAGUCAACGUUUUCACUCGCACCCAGUCCAAGGCCCAAUCACUUCUUUCAAUGGGGGCCCACUGGUUUGACUCACCGAGGUCUGUCGCUGCUCAAUCCGAUGUCGUUUUCUCCAUCGUCGGCUAUCCCUCGGAUGUCCGCCACGUCAUGCUUGACCCAACCACCGGCGCACUCUCCGGUCUCCGCCCUGGUGGCGUCCUCGUUGACAUGACUACCUCUGACCCUUCCCUCGCCGAGGAGAUUCAUGCUGCCGCCGCUUCUGCCGGAUGCUUUUCCAUUGACGCUCCUGUCUCCGGUGGAGACCGAGGCGCCCGAUCGGCCUUCCUCUCCAUAUUCGCUGGUGGCGAACAAAGUGUCGUAAAUCGUCUCACUCCGUUGUUUGACCGCCUCGGGAGAGUGUACUACAUGGGUGGCCCCGGGAAAGGGCAGUUCUGUAAAUUAGGAAAUCAGGUAACCAUUGCCUCAACUAUGGUAGGUCUAUGUGAGGGUUUAAUAUACGCACACAAGGCCGGACUGGAUUUAAGCAACUACUUGAACGCAAUUUCGACCGGUGCUGCUGGUUCCAAAUCCUUGGACUUGUAUGGUAACAGGAUAUUGAACAGGGAUUUUGAGGCUGGGUUUUAUGUAAAUCAUUUUGUCAAGGAUUUAGGGAUUUGUUUGAGGGAGUGUCAGAAUAUGGGGUUGGCCUUGCCUGGUUUGGCAUUGGCUCAGCAGCUCUAUUUAUCACUCAAAGCUCACGGGGAGGGGGAUUUGGGUACUCAAGCUCUUGUUUUGGCACUCGAGAGGCUCAACAACAUUUCACUUGAACCGACUAAAUCUGAUUCUAAGGGUGAGAAAGAAGCUUAAACUGCACGAUCAGGGAAUGGCCAGAAUAGCAGAGAUUAAGUGAAAAUAGAUGUCAUUUCACUGAGAAACCAACGGAGGUACUAUUUAUAUAUCGAUCUCACACCUCAACCUCUAUCUAGUUUCAGAGAUAUGUGCGCUUACGAACUUUGUAAGUGUUCUCUUCAUGAACAUGACGAGUAAGCUUUGCAUGAAAUGACAAGGAUUGGGCGGCCUUUUGGAUAGUGUAUGGACUGUUGAGGCAUCUAAAGUGAUUCAUUAAUUCACUUAUUUUAUAUGCUCAUCAUAUUAUCAUUGUGAGCUAUGCCUAAUGCUAGAAACCCUUAUGGUCAAAUUUGUGGAAUUGAGUGAUUGUUAUUGAUGCUGCAACUUGCAUUGCUUUAUGCAUUCUAUGAAUUGUUCACUAAUCUUGAAAAUUGUAAGUUUAAAUACAUACCUUCAAUAUCUUCUCAACCGAUAGAUAUCUUGUGUUGAACUUCAAUCUUCAUGUCAAGUUUGCAGUGUCUACUUUACCUUUACCUUUCACUUUCGACAUCAUCUCAUUAUUCAGUUUUAUCUACUCGAUUGAUCUUACUAAUCAAGCAUUUUCAAUAUAUUUAAUUGCAUUUAUACAUUC